CGCUUCUCUUCACAGAAAUCGCCACAAAAUGGAUGCAAACCGAAGCCGAAGCGAUCCGCGCGACUCUCCGGCCUUCCUCUGGAAGAAAUGGCUGCUCUUCGGCUUCUGCUGCGUCUCUAUUCUCGUAACCAUAGUGAUGGCCGCUCUCGCCUCCCGUCUCAUCGACGAGUACAUAAAAGAUCACCCUGAUGCUUUCUACACUUCCACUUCCGGCACCUAUCAAGUCAGCUACGACCUCACCGAAGCCUUCAAAACCACGUGCAAGGUCAUCAUUUACGCCAUGGCCGCCGUGGCCAUCCUCUUCAUUCUCGUGGGUCUUAUGGGCGCCUAUAAAGAGCACUACUGCAUGACUGUGACGUACGCCGUGCUCAUGACGAUCGCCACUCUCGGCUCCAUCGGAACGGCCUCUCAGAACUCCUACUAU